GCCACCGCCCGCCGCAGUGACAGCUCCGCCCGGGCCCAGUCGGGCCCUGCCCAGCCGAGCCGCGUAGCAGGAGCGGGAACCGGGCGGGCCGGCCAUGGCCGACGACUUCGGCUUCUUUUCUUCGUCUGAGGGCGCCGGCGCCGAGGAAGACCCGGCCGCCGCCUUCCUGGCCCAGCAGGAGAGCGAGAUCGCGGGCAUCGAGAAUGACGAGGGCUUCGGGCCCACCGACGGUGACUCGGCCGCGGCCCCGGCCGGCCAGGCGGCCCCGCCGGAAUCGGCUGGUUUCCAGAACGGAGGAGCCACUGUCAAUGGAGAUGUCUUUCAGGAGUCCAACGGCCCCACGGACGCCUACGCAGCCAUUGCCAAGGCCGACCGGCUGACCCAGGAGCCCGAGAGCAUCCGCAAGUGGAGGGAGGAGCAGAAGAAGCGUCUGGAGGAGCUGGAUGCAGCAUCGAAGGUGACUGAGCAGGAAUGGCGUGAGAAGGCCAAGAGGGACCUGGAGGAGUGGAACCUGCGUCAGAAUGAGCAGAUGGAGAAGAACCGGGCAAACAACAGGGCCUCGGAGGAAGCGUUCCUGAAGGAGUCCAAGGAGGAAAGCCCUGGCUCUGAGUGGGAGAAGGUGGCCCAGCUCUGUGAUUUCAACCCCAAGAGCAGCAAGCAGAGCAAGGAUGUGUCUCGGAUGCGCUCGGUGCUCAUCUCCCUCAAACAGACGCCCCUGGCCCGUUAGCUGCCGCCUGGCAGGGCUGGGAGCGCCGCAGGGCAGGGCUGCGUGGGGCCAGCCCAGGAGGGGCUCACCCUGCCUGGCCCUGCUCCCCAGCCUUACUGGUUGUAACUCUCCCCAUGGUUUUCCUUUGCUUAAAAGGUGCAUCGGUCUCUUUUUACACUUCAAUAUUUAUUACUGUGGCAUUUCCCUGGGCAGCGUCUCUGGGUGGCAGAGCUGAAACUGUGCCCAGGGCCUGGCUGGGUGAGGGGGGAAUGCUCCAUCCUGCCUUCCCCUCCUCACCCCUCUGCCUGUGGCUGUCCUGCCCUGUGGGCCUGCCUUCUGGCCCCAAGGCUAUGAUCCUAGUGGGACCUCAGCUGCCCUUCCCCGGUGGCUUGGAGCAAGAGCUGGUGUGUGGGGCUGGGAGGGUGGAGGAACAGCCCCAACACAGCUCCACAGCACUAGGUCCUGCAGAGAGCAUGGCUGCAGUGUGGUGCUGCUGGGGUAGCAGGGACUGAGGAUGCAAGUGCAGACACCCAGGCUGGCCCAGGGCUGACAGUGCUGGCUCCAAGCCCAUCAGACUCUCCCCAGCCUGGCAGUGCACCCCAAAAAGCUGGUGGGACUCUGAGCAGCAGUUGCAAUGUCUGUGUCCCACCCCUCUUGCAGGGUGCUGGUGCCAGGCAGCAUGGUGGUGCAGGGCACUGGGAAGGGGCCGUGGGGUGAAUGUGUGGGAUGUUUUCUGUCCCAGUCCCAAGACCACCAGCAGCUGGGAAUGUGGGGUGUCAGGCUUUGGGUGCUCUCGGCUCUGCUUUGCUCCUUCCACUGCUGCUAGGACAGGAGAGGGAGGCUGUGUGGAUACAGGAGGAGGUAGGCAGAUCCAGCUGCUGUGGGGCAGGUCGAGCCCUCAGCUCCCUAAUCCAGUGGCCCAGAGCAGGACUGGGCCGUGUACUGGUGCUGGGGCUCGUGCUGUCCCUGGAGAACAAUGCACCCAUCUGCCUGCAGCUGCUCUGUGGCCUUUGUCUGACCCUGGCUGGAUCUGCACACAGAAGGCAGUGGUGAGAUGCCUCAGUCCCAGUCCCCACCCCACAAGGCACACGCUUUCCAGCCUGAGCGCCAGCUUUCUCCCUUCUGCUUGGCAGGGCCCCACCAGCCCCUCCAGCUCCGAGGCCCAGCCCUGGAAACCUGCACAUCUCCUGGCUAGGAGGAGAGGGGCCGGGCUGUGCACAGCCUGCUGUGGGCAGCCGUCGCUUGGGGGCUCAGGAAAGGCUGGCAGUAGCAGGCUGGGGGGGACAUAGAGCAGGGCCUACAGAGCAUUUGCUUGAGUCUCACUACAGAGACCUGCUCAGUGAAAAAGCAAGUUUGCAGAGCUCUCCUGCCCCGUGGGUAUGGCUCUUUGCUGCUGCAGCCCUCAUGGGGUGGCCAGGCUCUAGGGCAUGGGCUGAGAAGGCAAGUGGGUGUGUAGGGAGUCACUGGGUGUUGUGUGCUGGCCUUGUAGCACGUACAAGUCUGUAGGACUGAUGGUUCCCACUCUGCCUCGGGAGGCGCCGGCAGCCCUGCUCUGGUGGGGUACCCUGGGACCUGCAGCCUCCCUCUGCCCCUGCCCUCCCCUGCGAGCGGUGGGAAGGCCUCUGGCUGCAUCCCGAGGCACAGCCCCCUGUGCUCUGCCCCUGGGUGGGUGGCCAGCUCCUGGGGAGCCGUGCCCACAGCUCUGCCACAUCCCCAUGGCUUUGGUAUCUGUGACUGUUCAAAUUACCCGUUACAAUAAACCAGCAUCUCCCACCCCA